CCGGCUCUCUGGUACCUCCAGCUGUGCCAGGGAGUUCACUCCAGCUGAUUUCGGUACCAGGGGCUGGAGGGACACUGGGGAUACUUGUGUCCACACUGGUCCCUGUGGCCUCUUCCCUCCAUGGCCCUCCUGGUUCUCACCCUGGCUCUGCUGGGCACGACUGUGGCCACCACGGCCUACAAGAAGACCCUGGACAUGGCCCCGAACUCCUUCGAUGACCAGUACCAGGGCUGUGGCCCUGAGAUGAGGGCAAAGCUGCCGGCCCUGAUCCGCUCCGAGUUCCAGAAGAAUCCUCUGUUUGCCAAGGGCUGGCAAAAUGCCGUGAAAGAGUGGCAGAGACGGGGGUCCCGUGUGUCUCCUCUGUCAUCCUCAGACCAGGCCAUCGCCAUUAUGGCCUACACCAUGAAUGACCUGUACAAGCAGUUCAACAAGAAAGUGAGAGUGGCCGGGCGCUACCGCUGGGUGUACCGAAGGAGGUUCCACUUCAAAACGCUGCAUUUCCUGCUGACCGACGCCCUGACCACGCUGAGGGUCAAGCAGGGACAAAAAUGUCACUGUGUGUUCCGGGGGACGGACAAAUACCUGUUUGCUGCAAAGCGUGGCGACAUCGUCCGGUUCGGUCAAUUCGCGUCAGCGUCGCUUUCCGAAUGUGUCGCCAAAAAAUUCGGGAACACCACGGUGUUCAAGGUGAAGACGUGUCACGGCGCAAACAUCAUGGCAUUCUCCAAAUUUCCCAAAGAGGAGGAGGUGCUGAUCCCACCCUUCGAGAAGUUCAAUGUCACCAAAGUCAUCAAGGAAGGGAAGAAGGUGGAAAUCCACCUGGACUCCAUGGGGACCUACAGCAAAUACAACUGCUUGUGGGUGAAAGGUGGGGACAGCCUGGGGCUGUGGGGACACCCACUGGGGCUAUGGGGACACCCCUGAUGAGGCACAGGGGAC